AUGGCUCCUAAUAAGGAGGAAAAGAAAGCCGCUAAGCGUGAGCGCAUUGAAAUCGAACGAGUUAAAAAUCUCCCAACAGUCUUUUUGAGUAAAACGAAUGAAGAUUUUAUUGUUUUACUGUGGCCAGCAAAGAAAGGAGAGGGAGAAAAACGACUCCGCGAUGUUAUUCAUUACUCAAACAUCUGGGAGAUCCAAGCGAUAGAUGAUGGACUUACUGUAUUUGUUCGAUUCGGCAAUGAGCUUGCUCAUCCGACGAAGAUCAACGCUGUUUGUGAAACGAUCGAAGAAAAGAAGCGCCUGUUAGAUAGCAUAAAUUUCCGACGCGACAAGGAUAUUUGUCUUAGUUACUAUGACAUGAUGCGCGUUUCCUAUGAUCAACUGAAUGAAUACGCUGAAGAUAUCAAUGUGGAAGAAGUUGGCAAGUCCUUCCGUCUCAACUCGCGUCGCAAAUAUCAAACUGCUUUCAGAGCAUGUACGCCUAACGUCGAGCAAUAUCUCCAUUCAAAAACGUGGGAAUCGUGGCGGCAACUUGCAGAAACUCUUUGUCCCCGAGAAGAUAUUAAGAAAGUCUGGCAAGAGGUCCUUGACGAAUACAAGGUCGAGCAGGGAAAAGAUCUUCCUCUCGUGAGCUUCGUAAACUGGCUCAACGAAACGAUGCGGGACGAAAGGCUCAACGAAAUUCUUUCGCCACCAUUUACGAUUGACGCUGAUGUGAAUCCGGAAAAGAACGGCGUUCCACAGAUCCUUCAGAACAUAGCAGACAUUCACGGGUUCAAAAUCGAGGACUUGAGCAGAGUCGACUACCGAACCUUCAAGGCGUUUAUCGAAUGGGAAACUGCUGUAAAAUCAGAUACAUGGCUCAAAGUUAAAAUCGAAACGAUGGACUUUCCUCUUUCUCACUACUGGAUCGCCUCAUCCCACAAUACGUACUUAACGGGAAGGCAGCUAGGUGGAGAAAGUACGGUUGAAAUAUAUCGCCAGGUGCUGCUUUCAGGAUGUCGAUGCAUCGAACUUGACUGCUGGGAUGGGAAAAAUGCGAACAAGGGCCGGAUCAUCAUCAAAAACAAAAAGCUCAGCCAGGCCGAAGAAACCACGAUGUUGAACGCUUAUUACGACGGACAGACGGAUAUCGUCCUGGCAGACGAUCAUAACGAAGAAAAUACAGCAGAUUACGAUCAAAUGAAAAACAUGAACAAGAAUCAGAAAAAGAAUGAAACGGGCUCUGGCGAACAAAACUCGGAAAAUACCGAUAACACGUCUGAAACGGAAAAGUCUGUCGUCUACGAUCUUCAAGGAGGGUUUUCACAUAAACUAAGCAAGAUCAAAUUUGAGAAUAGAAAAGUGGAGAGGAUAUUUCUAUGCUUCGUUUACUUUUGUCGAUUUUUUCACGAGAGCCCUUGUCCAGUGCUCAAGCCGAAAUUCAUGGUAGAAACGCUCAAGAACCAGUACGACCCCUUUGGUGAGCGUUUGAUUCAUCAAGUGCUCGCUGCUAGUUACGAGAUUACUGUCAUCUCGGGAAUGUGGCUCGGCACCACCGAUAAUGUCAAAGCGUCGUGUUUUACGAAAAGUGAACACUCAGAAUUUCUGGAGUGCUUGACUAAUCCGACAACUGUCGCUUCCCGCUUCGAUAAACGCAUGGACAUCCUAUCUAACAUCGGGAUGGACACGGAAGGCGUUGAAAAUGAGUGCCCAGAUGCUCCUUUAGCCAAACCAAAACAAAGACAGAAGCCUUCUCCUUGGCUAGCAAAUGAUCAUACAGAGAGUUUGCACCGUUCUGGCCCGGCGAUGAAAUCAGCUGUCCUCGAAAAACUAAAGGAGAAAGUAACAAAAGAAACAAUCCUCUUCGAACCAAUCGACAUGCAAUUCUGCGAUGUGAAGCUUGAAAUCUGUAUUUACAAGCAGAAAAAGAAGUUCGGCCAGGUUUCUCAACGAUACAAAAAGAAACUCAUGAAAGAAAGCGAAAGAACAGCAAGUAGACUUCAAAAGAUGAGAGCUUCUGGCGUUCAGGACGGAACUGAUGAGAUGAAGGAAUUCUUGAGCUCCCGAGACAAAAUCAAACAGAUCGUCAAUAAAAAUGAAUCCACGGAGAAGGGGGAGCUCUGGAGAGAGCUGGAUCAAGAGCGAGUUAAAAUUCUCAAAAAAGCGAUCAACAAAAAAUGGCUAGAAGCGAAAACGCAAGAAGUGCUCGAGAAGAGCGAGGACAAAAGCAAAAAGGUCAAGGCCAAGAUAAUGAGAGAAGUAGCUGCUUCCAACGCUGAAUACUUUGCUCAUAACAUCAUUGCGAUGGAGACAAUUCACAAAAAAUAUUGGGAUGUUUUUGCAGAGUCGAAAAAGGGAGACCUUCAAAUCCUAACUGCGAUCAGAAGACGCGAAGCCGAGCGCUUCAACGAAGAACUCUCGAUUGACUCAAAUACAGUAACAUCCGACCUAGCAGAACUUGAAGACAUCGUGAUAGAAGAUUAG